AUGAAUUUCUCUGUAGACCGUGUAGCCCGACUCACCCACUCUUCUCAUGACGCCGCCGCUGGAGCACAGUUGCAGGCCUACGCCAUCAAUCUGGUUCUAAAGAAUAAAAUGAUGAAGGAGCUUGAGUUUCUCUCCGCUCUUGUUGACUACAGCAAUAAAUCUCUCCCCGAUUAUGUGCGUCGGAAAUUUUAUACACGUGUCAUGAUGGUGCUGGACUACGCGCAACGCGAUGAAACAAAGGAAAAAUUGUUCAAAGCCACUGGCGUCGGCACCAGCCCUUUGGACGUAGUUCCAGUUGCCAUUUACUGUGCUGCUAUUGGUCGCCGCAGCGAUUGCCCCUUUGAAGCCACCCUUCAUGCGGCAAUGUUAACCGGAGGAUGCACUGAUGCCAUUGGGACCAUGGCUUGUGCCAUUGCAGGAGCCUGGUCCGGAUUCUCAGGUAUACCUGACGAAACGGUGGGCAUGUGGGACGGGCAGGAGCAAGUAUAUGCCUUAGCCGAAGAUCUGUACAAGGAGAAGGCCAAGCCGCAGGUGGCCCGGGUUGAGUGCUGGUUCCGCCCUGAUCUUCUCAGCAAAAUGGGCUUGCCCUAG